ACCCGCUUCGAGCCGAUCUGUAACGAAGAAGCAGCAAAGGGUUUGAGUCCGUACGGACCAUUCAGGGACCAGGCGGAGUGGGACCUCUCACGUUGGCUCAUGCAGAACGUCACGCAGACGGCGGCUGACGAUUUUCUCAAACUAGACAUCGUAAGCUUUCCAACUUCCACCCAGAUUUUUACCAGCUCAUACACGUGGCUCAAGAAGAUGGAUGACCUCCAUGUUGGGCCUGACGGUCGUCGGCUCAGCCCCGAGUGGCAGUGUAUCCAUGUGUCAGCUACUGGAGACAAGAGAGCAGAAGACGACAAACCAGAAGAUGACACAUUUGAGAUGUGGAUGCGAGAUCCGGUGGAGGCAGUAUGUGAGCUCAUAGGCAAUCCAGCUCUCAAGGACCACUUGGCCUAUGCUCCUGAACGUGUUUACACUGAUGCGGGCGGUCAGAACCGGAAGCUAGAUGAGAUGUGGACGGGUAACUGGUGGUGGGAGACACAGGCACGCCGCUGA